UCGGCCUCUCUCUCUCUCUCUGCUUACUUUCUCAGUGACCAGCAGCGACUCGGCGAAUUCCUCCGGCGAUUUUCCCCACGCUUUCUCGAGAAACUUCAGCCGGCGACCGGCGGACGGCGACGGCGAUCGCGGAUGGAAAUGGAGCCUGCGGGACGGAAGGCGGCGCGCGGCCGGUCCAGGCAGAAGGCCGAUCUGGCCGCCGUGCUCCGGAGAUCGUGGUACCACCUGCGGCUGUCCGUCAGGCAUCCGGCUAGGGUUCCGACCUGGGACGCCAUCGUGCUGACCGCGGCCAGCCCCGAGCAGGCCCGGCUCUACGAGUGGCAGCUCGCCCGGGCCAAGCGCAUGGGCCGGAUCGCCGCCUCCACCGUCGCCAUCGCCGUGCCCGAUCCCGACGGACAGCGCAUCGGCUCGGGGGCCGCCACUCUCAACGCCGUCCGCGCGCUCGCCGAGCAUUACCAUAAGCUCGGUAUCGGCAUUGCUCCGGAGGUGGAAGCUACAAAUGAUAAUGGUAUUGGAUCUACUGUCCCAUUGGGAAGGUCUGAGCAAGAAUAUCCUCGCUUGCAAAUGGUCGACUUCAUAUCCAAGAAGCAUAUACUACUUCUUCAUGCUGGAGGCGACUCUAAAAGGGUCCCAUGGGCCAACCCUAUGGGAAAGGUAUUUCUGCCGCUUCCAUAUUUGGCAGAUGAUGAUCCUGACGGUCCUGUUCCACUACUUUUCGACCAUAUACUUGCAAUUGCUUCUUGUGCAAGACAAGCCUUUAAAGAUCAAGGUGGCUUAUUCACUAUGACUGGGGAUGUUCUUCCAUGCUUUGAUGCAUCCACCAUGGUUCUUCCAGAGGACUCGUCCUCGAUUAUCACUGUUCCCAUCACUCUUGACAUUGCUUCUAAUCACGGUGUAAUUGUAGCUUCCAAAAGUCAUGCUAAAGAUGAGGCUGUCCAUUUGGUUGACAAUCUCCUACAGAAACCUAGUGUUGAGGAGCUAGUUAAUCAUGAAGCAAUUCUAGAUGAUGGAAGGUCUUUGCUUGACACAGGACUUAUAGCAGUCAGAGGUAAAGCUUGGCGGGAGCUUGUCAUGCUUGCUUGCUCUUGCCAACCAAUGAUAUUGGAACUUCUAAAGUCUAAAAAGGAGUUGAGCUUAUAUGAGGACUUGGUGGCAGCUUGGGUACCAGCAAAACAUGAUUGGCUGCAACAACGACCCUUGGGUAAAGAAUUAGUCAGCAGAUUGGGAAAAAACAGAAUGUUCAGCUAUUGUGCUUAUGAAUUGUCAUUCUUGCAUUUUGGAACGUCUGGUGAAGUCUUAGAUCACCUGAGCGGGGUUGGUUCAGGACUUGUCGGUCGAAGACACUUGUGUUCAAUUCCAGCAACCACUGUGUCUGACAUUGCAGCUUCUGCUGUUGUACUUUCAAGCAAAAUUGAACCAGGUGUCUCAAUUGGAGAAGACUCUCUUUUAUACGGCAACUCAAUUUCAAGUGGAAUACAGAUCGGCUCACAAUGCAUAGUUGUUGGUAUGAAUAUGCCCAGAGAAAACGAUGAGCCAUCAGAACCAUUUAGGUUCAUGCUACCAGAUCGCCAUUGUCUAUGGGAAGUUCCUUUAGUUGGAUGCACUGACAGCGUCAUAGUUUACUGUGGCCUCCAUGAUAACCCAAAGAAUUCCCUUUCUGGGUCUGGGACAUUCUGCGGGAAACCCUGGAAGAGGGUCUUGCAUGAUUUGGGUAUUGGUGAAGGGGACCUGUGGAGCACUACAGGCAAGCAGGAUAAAUGCUUAUGGAAUGCGAGACUUUUUCCUGUCCUAUCUUAUUUUGAGAUGCUUAACUUAGCCACAUGGCUGAUGGGUUUAAGUGAUCGAAGAACUGAAUUCUUGCUUCCCUUAUGGAGAGGUUCUCGACGUCUUAGCUUGGAGGAGCUACAUAGAUCAAUAGACUUCUCAAAAAUGUGUAUGGGUUCAAGUGAUCACCAAGCUCAUCUUGCAGCUGGAAUUGCUAAAGCCUGCAUUGAAUAUGGCUUGGUUGGGCGUGAUUUGUCUCAACUAUGUGGAGAAAUCUUGCAAAUGGAAGUUUCAGGAGUAGAAAUAUGUAAAAGUUUCUUAGGGAUGUGUCCCCGUCUUCAGGAACAAAACUCAAGGAUACUUCCCAAAAGCCGGCAAUACCAGGUACAAAUGGAUCUUCUUAGGGCAUGUGGAGAUGAAGCAACAGCCCAAGAUUUAGAGCAUAAGGUUUGGGAUGCUGUUGCUAAGGAAACUGCUUCAGCAGUUAGAUAUGCUUUUCAAGAAAAUCUGAUGGAGUACCCUCAGAAGUCAGCAAGCCUGAACAAUCAUCUCAGUGAUUCUCUGGAUGAGAUAUUCCAUCCUAAAAGUAUAAAAGUUGAGUUACCAGUUCGUGUUGAUUUUGUCGGAGGUUGGAGUGACACUCCCCCAUGGAGCUUAGAGCGCGCUGGUUGUGUUCUGAAUAUGGCAAUUAGUUUGGAAGGUUCUCUUCCUAUUGGCACUAUCAUAGAAACAACAAAAGAAGCUGGUGUAUCGAUUAACGAUGAUUCUGGAAGCCAUUUAUACGUGCAAGAUCUUGCCUCCAUUGUUGCGCCAUUUGAUAGUGGCGAUCCUUUUCGGCUAGUUAAAUCUGCAUUGCUUGUGACGGGAGUGCUUAAUCAAAAGGUACUCUCGUCUAUGGGCUUGCAGAUCAAAACUUGGGCCAACGUUCCUCGUGGUAGUGGCUUGGGUACUUCCAGCAUCCUCGCAGCUGCUGUUGUCAAAGGACUUCUACAGAUAACUGAUGGAGAUGAAAGCAAUGAAAAUGUUGCCAGGCUUGUUCUGGUAUUAGAACAAAUUAUGGGAACAGGAGGUGGCUGGCAGGAUCAAAUUGGAGGUUUGUAUCCUGGGAUUAAAUUUACGACUAGUUUUCCUGGAGUUCCAUUACAGCUUCAAGUUGUUCCCCUCUUGGCUUCAGCUCAGUUGAUAUCAGAGUUGCAGCAGAGGUUACUGGUUGUUUUCACUGGUCAAGUUCGUCUAGCACACCAAGUAUUGCAAAAGGUGGUGGCCCGAUAUCUAAGACGUGACAACCUCCUUGUUUCCAGCAUCAAGCGCCUUACUGAAUUAGCAAAAACAGGGAGGGAAGCUUUAAUGAACUGUGACAUUGAUAAGCUUGGGGAAAUAAUGAUGGAGGCAUGGAGGUUGCACCAGGAGUUGGAUCCCUAUUGUAGCAAUGAAUUUGUUGAUAGUCUAUUUACGCUUGCUGAUCUGUACUGCUGCGGUUACAAGCUUGUAGGAGCAGGUGGUGGGGGCUUUGCAUUGCUUCUUGCCAGAGAUGAAGCUUGUGCCAGGGAAUUAAGAGAAAUUCUUCAAAGUGACUCCAAGUUCGAUGUGAAAGUAUACAACUGGGAGAUUUUUUUGGAUAGCAAGCUGUAAAGAUGUAGUCAGGAUGUAGCUUCUUAUUCUCAAUUAUAUUCUUAUUAUUUAUGUAAUCAUAUGUAAAUUUGAGCCCAUUUUAGAAUCUUGAUUUUGAAAAGACAAUGGUAUAAGGGAAGAACAUUACACAGGAA